AAAACCGCACUCGUCUCCCCCUGUCGAGGUUUUAGAGCAAGCACUAAAAGCAGCAUCACAGCAGCGGAGAUCUUCUCUCGAUUCGCGCACGCUCUCACCACCGGUCGCCGAACGAUGCAGCGAUGGUGCACGAAGCUCCGGCCGCUGGCGCUUCAAUCGCUCCGCUGCUCUCCGGCCCCGAGCUCUCGCCGUCUCCUCCACGCCGCCGCGCUCGUCCGGCCGCCCGCCGCAACCUCCGCGCUGUACCGAGCGCCGAGCUUCUGUAAUGCGCCUCUUCCGAACGCUUCUCUGCCCGCGCGCUACUCGCCUCUCGGCUUUCGCUCGCUUCCUCCCCAUAACUUCUCCGCUCAAGUGCGGCACGUGUCGUCUCGAGACCGCAGGAAGAAGAGGAAGCGGAUGACGCCUAUGGUUUCCAAAGUGAAGAAGAUCAAGAUGAAAUUCUAUUCAUCGUACAAGUCGAGGUUCAGACCAAUGAACGAUGGAAAUAUCAGACGGUGGAAGGAAGGCAAACGCCAUAAUGCGCAUCUCAAGUCAAAGAAGUCAAAGAGGAGGCUGCGAAAACCAGCUACUGUGCCGUUGGCGUAUGCCAAGGUGAUGAAGAAGCUCAGCUUCUGCAGUUAAUCACUGCAGUCCAUUGGACGACCGCUGUUAAGGCUCUGGCAACGGGUGGAAAUCGUUAACACCAACCUUUAUUUUUUCUUGGGGAAAAUUCCUGUUCCUUUUUUCUGAGUUUAGUCAGCUGAGCUUUUUUGUUGGACAGCUCAACCAAAUAGCAACAUUUGAUUUUUGUUUUCCCUUCUUUUGCUGGAUAAGCAACCAUUGGAUAAUUGAUAAGCAAAUUAUUGAUGAUGACUCUACCUUUGUUUAA